UCCUGCGAAAGAUGUUGAGCUUUGGGACUUUGUCUCACACAACAUCAACAAACCAAUCAAAAAUGUAUACAUUCAGUGUUUAAAAUUAUCCGAUUGGCCACUUAAACCAGACACACUCUGUAGAUAAAAAAAACUCCGUUAAGUUAAAGUCGGCGUCAGCGCCUGCACGAGACAAUAUUUCAUUAAACCAAAACCACUUGCGUUUUUAAUCAGGGCAACAAUCAAUCAAUAACCCUGCAACUUAAGAUCAUCCCGCACCGGAAAAUCUGUGCUGAUUGAAACAGAUUAACACAAGCAAAUAACUAAACAUUGUUUAAACAAAUCCUGUUGGAUUGGCAGGGAAACGAACCAAAAACCGUUAGGAAAAUCUCGAAUAAAUUGUAUUUUCCCAUCCGCGCGCCCUGUACGCCACUGGUUGAGCGACCCUCAACCCCCACACGAGACCCACCUAAAUUAAUUCCAGAGGGUAUUUUCGGCCUUUUCAGGAGGGGGCAGGCAAAUCGAUGGCGCGCAUUGCCCCCCUCUGUUAAGGGCUCUUCUCUAAGGGUCAGUCCAUACCUAACCAUACUGAAGAAGCAACCCACAUGUAGAAGAGUUUCGUGAUCUGUGCCCACAUGUGAACUGCUUUUCAAAUAAACCAGUGAAUGUUUAUUGGGAGUUAUUAAAUCUGAGAUGAAGUCGCCACAAUCGAAGCCAGUUCGGCUGCUACAAGAAAAAUUUCAGGAAAAUUUAGAAAGUAUGCUAAAAGUCCUGCUAAAAGACGAAGUGUUGAGUGACAUCACGAUUCAUUGCAACGAUGGUUUUGUUCGAGCUCAUCGAGUUGUGUUAGCCGCCUUCAGUUCGUAUUUUAAAAAGGUUUUCCAAGAGCAUCCAGAGCAUCAAGUGGCCUACAUUCUGCAUGGAAUCAAUGUGGAGCAGCUUAAAAGCCUAGUGGAACUCAUAUAUAGUGGAAGCACGGAAAUCCCUUCAGAUAAAACGGGGGCUUUAUGCGAUAUAGCUGAAGAAUUCGGAAUAAAACCCAUUAUUGAUGAAAAUGACAAAAACUUGUCAGGCACGCCGUCUCGAGAUACAAGAUUUAGAGGACAAAAGCGGGUGGCUGUGGACUUUGAAAACGCAUCUUUAGAGAAUCCUGAUGGCAGCACUAAUUUAACAGCCGUCCAAAUCAAGAACGAACCAAUAGUCAGCCCUGAAUCGGAGACGCCGAGCAACAAGAUGCCAGAAAACUUCGUCAUUCCAUCCGCCAACUGUUAUCCAGCUUCAGCUCCAAGUCCAAACUGUGCCCGUUUAGCGACCAACUUAUCCAUGUCAGAGUCGAAUGGGUUCUCCAUCAGCAGCCUCCCCUUAAAUGCAGAAGCCAGACGAAAAAGCAACUGGGCUUUGAAGCAAAGGAAGUACAAGUGCACUCUGUGUUCGUCAAGUUUCAAAAGAGCAUCGCACUUGAGUCGACACCAAUUGGUCCACACAGGGGAACGCCCAUUUGCAUGCGACCAAUGCGAUAAAGCAUUUUCCCGACAUGAUAAGUUGAAGAACCAUAUCCGGAAAACUCAUUCUCUGGACUAUCCGGAAAACAUUUCGGAUUCCGUGCCGGAGGAAAAGGAAGUUUAUACUAUGGGGCAUGUCAGGAUGAACGUGCCGCACUCCGAAACGUCGGAGGAACUCACUCGGGUUACCCGCGAAGAUCUUUUGGUUCACAUGACUAAAAGUGAACAAUAUUUUGAACCUGAAACCACUGCAACGGAUGAGCCCGUCCUUCCAGUUUCGCUACCUAACACUCCUCCAAAAAAAGGUAGAGGGAGGCCUAGGAAAUACCCGCCAGUUACUGUGCCUUUAAUCAAACGCCCCCGAGGACGACCACGCCUAAACCCAGACGACCGCGCAGGGCUACGCUUUAAACGUCGCAGAGAGGACGAAUCACCAGAGCGUCCUGACCAAGAAAAACCUACCAAUCAGCAGCGGGAAAACUACGAUCUUACUAACAUGCCUUUUGGUGACCUAGAUUAUCUUACCAAAAGAGUUACCAUGACACCAAAUCCCGAAAAAUUUGAAGAAACGAAUUCUUCAGACCAACCAUAUAUUGAGCCGCUGAUUGAAAUCGAGUGUGGCCAGGGGAGUUCAAAGCAGAUAAGGGAGGAGGAGGAGGAGGAAGACACAGUAUUGCAUCAUCAUACAGCAGGAGCCUUUCUGCAGAACAUCGGCCUCUUGGAGACCAGCGUCGUCUCGAAAAUGGAAAUAGGCGAAACCACAAUAUCAGUUAGCAAAACUGAAUCGAUCUCAAAAUAAUGUGAAACAUUUUAAUUUAUAUAUUAUGUUAUUAAACUGUAUGAUAUAAA